GAAACUAAUGGCACCUGUUCGGUUCAAAGGAAAAGCCGGGAGGCCACGGAACUGCUGUAUCCUACUUCACUCAAAUCUCCAGUCUGACAGCUUUGAGGAGGACGAGAUCAUCGCUAACUAACGCGCUCAGUUCGCAGACAUCCACGCCGAUGAAUAUAAGCUGAGUCGGAACAGGUUUGAGCAACUGCUCGUCACUUUUAGCCUUCAGGACAUUCUGAAACAUGCGUCUUUUCCUACACCGGCGUGUAUCCCCCCUGAAGCUGGUGCUCCUUGGGGGGACUCUCUUCAUGGUAGCCCUUGUGGUUCUCCAGAGGGAUGUUGGCUCUUCGUCUGCUGACGACCCCUGGUUUCAGGACCUGGUGGACAAGAAGGACAAGGUGAUAGUAAUGGUCCGAGAGGCUGUCAACAACAUCGGCUUCCAGAUCAGAGCUCCACAGCCGCCACUGACACAGGACCAGCCCACCGAAGACGUCAACUGCCCCACUGGAUUCUACACUCAGGCUGAGCUCAAACCUCACCUGGAAAGACCGCCACAGGAUCCCAGAAGCCCAGGGGCUAAUGGGGCUGCAUUUAAGAAAGACCACAUGUCCCCAGAGGAGGAAAAGGAGAAGGAGGAGGGCAUGACACGGCACUGUUUCAACCAGUUUGCCAGCGACCGCAUCUCGCUUAGCCGUAGUCUUGGGGAUGACACGAGGCCUCUAGAAUGCGUGGAGAGGAAGUUUCGUCGCUGUCCUCCUCUGCCGACCACCAGCGUUAUCAUUGUCUUCCACAAUGAGGCCUGGUCCACCCUCCUCAGGACGGUCUACAGCGUCCUGUACACAUCUCCUGCUGUCCUGCUUAAAGAGAUCAUCUUGGUAGAUGACGCCAGUGUUGCAGAGCACCUGAAGGGCCAACUAGAGGAAUAUGUGCGUCAGUUGAAGAUUGUUCGUGUUGUGAGGCAGCCGGAGAGGAAGGGCCUCAUCACUGCCAGGCUGCUGGGUGCCAGUAUUGCUCAGGGCGAAGUCCUGACCUUUCUCGACGCACACUGUGAGUGUUUCCAUGGUUGGCUAGAGCCCCUAUUGGCCCGCAUUGUUGAAGAACCCACUGCUGUUGUUAGUCCAGAGAUCACCACCAUUGACCUCAACACCUUUCAGUUCAACAAGCCUGUCGCCACCAACCGUGCUUCCAACCGCGGCAACUUUGACUGGAGCCUGACUUUCGGCUGGGAGGCAAUUCCUGAGGAUGCACGGAAGCUGCGCAAGGAUGAAACCUACCCUGUAAAAACACCUACUUUUGCUGGAGGACUCUUUUCAAUCUCGAAGACAUACUUUGAACACAUUGGAACAUACGAUGACAAGAUGGAGAUCUGGGGUGGUGAAAAUGUUGAGAUGUCUUUCAGGGUGUGGCAAUGUGGUGGUCAGCUAGAGAUCAUCCCUUGUUCUGUGGUGGGCCAUGUCUUCCGCACCAAGAGCCCCCACACCUUCCCCAAAGGCACAGAAGUCAUCACUCGCAACCAAGUGCGCCUGGCUGAGGUGUGGAUGGAUGACUACAAGAAGAUUUUCUAUCGGCGAAACAACAUAGCUGCAAAUAUGGCCAUGGAGAACAAGUAUGGAGACAUCUCUGAUCGUCUGAAUCUGAGGGAGAGGCUUAAGUGCAAGAACUUCACCUGGUACUUAAACACCAUCUACCCAGAGGCUUUCGUUCCAGACUUGAGCCCAGAAAAGUUUGGAGCAAUUAAAAACUUAGGAUCUAAAACCUGUCUGGAUGUUGGAGAGAGCAACCAGGGAGGUAAACCUGUGAUCAUGUACCAGUGUCACAACAUGGGAGGCAAUCAGUACUUUGAAUAUACAUCUCAGAGGGAGCUGCGCCACAACAUUGGAAAGCAGCUGUGUCUUCAUGCCACACCCCAUUCAGAGCCGGUGAAUAUAGAAAUAUGCCAGCGGAAGGGGAAAGGCACCAGUUUGGCACCACAACAGGAGUGGGUCUUUACAGGGGAAAAUCUUCUGAAGAAUCCCAGUAGUGGGAAAUGUUUAUACCUGAAAGGAAACCAGAUUCAGAUGGACCACUGUAAUGCUGCUGACCUCUACCAGCAGUGGACCUUCAGCUGACCUCCCCGUCUGCCUAUCAGGUGACCUCCUGCACCUUGUGUCCCCUUCCUGAGACUCAACUCAAAGGAGCCAGCACAACAUUGAUCCAGAAGGGCUUCAUACCAUGGAGUCUGGGGCAUUUGGCCAUACAGAGUUGACAGUUAACGAUGGAGGACGAAAAGUAAAGACAGUAACAUAUGUUGAAGAUGUUCGGGUUGGCCAGAAGAUGGUUUUUAAAUUUAUUUAUGAUGGGAAAAUCUGGAAAGACAUUUGAAGGUGGUUGGGGAUUAUUAAACAGAAUGCACAUUUUGCAUUCAGGAGUUGCAGCCGGACUGUGGGGCAGUGGCUUUCAACUGCAGUGAUCUUAAUUCAUUGAACUUUUCACUCCAGAAAUCACUAUUUAGUGACCUUGUUUUUUUGUCUGACAAUGAUUUGAACAAAUGAAUAAGAGAUGUCUCU